CUUCACAGCUGGUCCACCAUUCUCACGACCUCCACCACCCUCACGAUCUCCACUACCCGUCAGCCCGUCGCAAAUCGCCCACAAUGCCGAAAGCCCCCAAAUCGCCCGCCAUUUUGCAGCGUCACAACCCUCUUACUGAAGAAUACCUACCCUCACAGCCCUUCAAGCAGAAGCCAGCGAAGCGGAGGAAGCGCCCAAGAGAUGAGGCCGACGAGGAACACUUCAUAGACUCCAAGGCUUCGAGAAAAAUUCUGGAGAUUGGCCGCGGUCUGGCGGAGGAAGAGGAGCGAGAGAACCAAGUGCAACGACCGCCCACCGCCAACCCCGCUUUCGACUUCGACACACGGUUGGGCGACGACGACAGCGCAGAAGACCCCACGGCACAGUAUGAUGACGAGGAGGCAUGGGGAGAUGAAGAGGAAGCCGUGCAGGAGGCCGUGCAAGAGGCCGAGAUUGACCCCAGCGACCUGGCGACCUUCAACAAAUUCAUACCUACAGACGACAACCCCAUCGUCUGGCCAGGCGAAGAAGCCCACCCGUCGGGCCCGGGUACCGAUCUCGCGGCCCUCAUCCUCGAAAAAAUCGCCGCCCAUGAAGCCGCCAAUCCCUCCCAGCACUCCAUCCACGGCGGCGGCGACCCCUCCGACGCCAUCGAGCUCCCCGCCAAAGUCGUCGAGGUCUACUCCAAAGUCGGGCUAAUCCUCUCCCGCUACAAAUCCGGCAAGCUGCCCAAACCCUUCAAAAUCCUGCCUACGAUCCCCGCUUGGGAGACACUCAUCGCAGUAACGCGUCCCGACGCCUGGACGCCGAAUUCCGUAUACGCCGCAACCCGCCUCUUCGUCUCCUCAAAUCCCGCUACCGCCCAGCAGUUCCUCAACACGAUCCUCCUCCCCGCCGUCCAAGACAACAUCCGCGAGACCCAAAAACUAAACGUACAUCUGUACAACGCGCUCAAGAAAGCGCUCUACAAACCGUCUGCCUUCUUCAAGGGCGUUGUAUUCCCCCUGCUGGCUGAAGGAACUUGCACGCAACGCGAAGCGCACAUCGUCGCAAGCGUCGUCGCCAAAGUCAGCGUCCCCGUGCUCCACUCUGCCGCCGCACUGCACCGACUCUGCGAACUCGCAGCGGAACAAAUGUCCUCGGAUCCUGAUAGUGCGGGUCCGGUAAACAUAUUCAUCAAGGUCCUGCUGGAGAAGAAAUACGCGCUCCCAUUUAAAGUCGUGGAUGCGCUCGUCUUCCACUUCCUCCGUUUCCGCGCUGUGGGAGCGAGUAGCGCCGAUGCUAUGACCAUUGAUUCGGAAUCUGCAGCCGGGGAUCUAGGUGGCUCCGGGAAAUUGCCCGUGAUUUGGCAUCAGUGUUUGCUGGCGUUUGCGCAGAGGUAUAGGAAUGACAUUACGGAGGAUCAGAGAGAGGCAUUAUUGGAUUUGCUGUUAACGAGAGGGCAUAACAGUAUUAGCCCUGAGGUGAGGAGGGAGUUGUUGGAAGGCAGGGGGAGGGGAGUGGUUGUCGAACCGCCGCCUGUGGGAACUGAUGGUGAUGACACUAUGGUUAUGGCAGUGGAUGGGUAGAUGGGGUUGAGUUAAAGGAUCGACCAGGCUCCAUAAGCAAGCAGCGUGCUAUGCUGCACCUUGCACAAAAUAAUCAUUUUCAGAGAUAUCCACAUGUUUCUCCACUACUCUCUACCUUCUCUUCUCCCGCCCACAGCCCCUCUUAUCCCCAUUCACUCACUCACAACAUCGACCUUACUCCCAUAAAACGCAACAAACCCCUUAAUCUUCUCAUACCCAGACUUCGGCUCUGGGUAGUACCAAGCAGAGUCCUUCAACGUCUUUCCAUCGACCUCGAUCGUGUAGUAUGACGCCUUGCCUUUGUAGGGGCAGGUUGUGUGCGUCGAGGUUGUGGUAAAUGCAGUCUUAGUCAGAGAUGCGGGCGGGAACUGUGAGUAGCGAGUGUUACGUUAGGGACGAGGGAAGGGGGGGGGG